UUAUUAAAAAAAUUGAAAAAAUGUUGUUCCAAACGAGUGAGGUUAUGAGAGAAGAGGAAGACCAGAUCGGCAUGUUCUCGAGGGUUGGGAAGACGGCUGCUAUAGUAGAGGAGAGAAGAGCUGGAAAAUCAGCAAGAACAGGAGAGCAACGAGUCGAAAGAAAGUAAACAUGAGCCUAAGAGAAAAAUUAAAGCCAAUUUCAAACUUGAUUCUUCGUUUAAAACAGUUUCAAGAUACCAGAGACAGAAAGUGCUUGACAAGAAAGAUAUUUCAGUUCCUGUUGGCUACUAUAGGCCAAAGUUCAGUUUUAUACAAUGAUCUAGGCAUACUGAGUCAGAAUUUUGAAGAACAGAAAGCUGACUAAGUCAAGGCCAAAGACUAAUGAUAUAAAAGUAAAAAUGUGAAACAGAAUAUUUCGCUCAUUAAAAACAUCAGAGAAUAGCUCCUUGAGAGGAAGAUCUCAGAACCUAAGAAAAAAGCUAAAUAACCUUAAGAAGAAUUCUAAGAGGGAGAAAUUAUACCAGAAUACAGAUAGGGCAAGCUCAAACAAAGUUUCAAAACUCAUGAUUUCAACAGUGAACUCUCAACAUAUUUCUGAAGAAGCAUCAAGCGCCAAGUUAGUUAUGCCAAGAAAUGUUAGUACUUGUAAUAAAAAGGGAUCUGUUCCUUUUGAGUCAACCAGAAUGUUUUUAGUAAAGAGUCAAUUAUCUCACAAGAAGUUGACUUCUAAGAAAACACUGUCUAUCUUUCCCCCAAAGGAAAUUAGUUUGCUUCAGGGUCCUUUUGAGAUAGAAGACUCUUUGAGGAGCCAGUCUAAGAAAUCUAGAGGAAAAUCCUUGUUCAAAGUUCCAAUAAUACUCACUGGGAGAUCCCCACAAACAAAAUUUAAUAGACAGAAAUCUGGGUUCUCAAAGCCUGUGGGUCCUUGAAAAGAGAAACUCUACCGCAUUAUAAAGAAAAAGAACAAAGAAGGAGCUUUAGAGAUAGUACCGAAAUUUGAUAUCAGCCAAGAAAUUCAAAAGAGAAGCAAUAUGAUACGUUCUUUUGAUACCACACUUGGUAGAGAAGAAGCUAACUAUUUGCAACAAAAACAACUCUUUGACAAAGGAAGGCUAGAAAAAUUUGACCCAAAGUAUAACACACAAGUUAGAAAAAUUCCCUCAGUUGAUUACUCAAAGAUGAUUGGAAGAGAUAAUGUUUUCGAAUCUACUUGAUUCACACCAGACUAUUACGAUUCUCCUGAUCAUAAAAAUAGCAACAAAGAACUAAACAAAUCUCAAAAUGUAGUCAUUGGAAAUGUAGACUUUACUAAGCAGAUUUCACGGGAUUCGUGCAGCUCAUUUUACAGACAUAGGAGGGAUAUAUCUCCAGAGUUUUAUAGCUAUAACCUAGACUCUGUAUCAUCUUGUCUGAGGGGCACCGACUGGAGUAAGCAAUCUUCCAGGACAAAAAAAGUGAUACAAGAGAAGAAGCGAAAGAUAUUAACACUUUACUGCACAACAUCAGUCAAGAUGAAGAAGUUAGGUCAGAAGUAGUCUACAUUUAGUGGUGUGCAGAUUUCAAUA